AACGGUGCGCACUGACAGCGCAACGGGUAGUCAGUUGUCACUUGUCACUGUCAAUAAUUGUAAACAAAGGUUUUUUCAACGAAUUUUUGGUUCUGACUAACUUUUAUUUCUCAUAUAUUUAUUACUCAGCAUUUAUUCUUUCUACUUUUAACAUAACAUUAGAACGGAAUGGACAGUUCCGAAUCAAUUGCUCAAAAGUUGGAAGACAGCAUUCGUCGUGUAACCAAAGAUCUUUUAACAGUCAGUGACAAUACUGUUAUGCAUAUUCCGGAAGUGGGCAAAUUUAGAAAGUUUGCUUGGGUCAAAGAUGAUGAUGUAGUCGCGGCAUUUCGGCGAAACUUUGAUCAAAUAUCCGGUAAUGAAUUACCAAACAUCUCUGAGGAAGAACAGAGAACUGUAGUGAAGGAUCUGACUGCACGAAGGAAUUUUUUGAAAGGGGAACUUGAGAAAAUGGUUGAGGAACGGACAAGUUUGAAAAAUAAUAUUUUAAAUUUAUCUGAAAAUGUAAGCAAUAUAUGUAUUUCAAAUGAAUCUAUUACUUUUACCUAAAUCAAUACAUUUAUUCAUAAUAAUUGCUUUAGGUUUAAACUAAGUUUAACUAAAUAAAUAGUAUUUUCUAUGUAACACUGAAUAAAUAAUUGCUAAGUAUUUUCUUGAUAACAGGAUAUGUAGCUGUAUGAAUAUGUAAUUUAACUAUUUAUUUUCUAUUGAUAAUUAAAUUUUGCACUCUUGUA